UCGACGUCACGGUCUAUCUGAGCACCGUUCUGGUGCCAGGAACUGGUGGGAGCAAAGUAUAGAGAGAAGGAGGAAACCUGGGGGAAUGCAACAAAACGACAGGAUACAUACUGGAUAGAUACUCCAUCGCUUAACUAUGGCUACAAAAACAGAGCAGUAAGACUUAACGUUGUCUGACAUGUCGCAGCAGAGAUAGCUAGCUGUUCUUGGAUCCGCACAUCGAAGUUUUGUCUGAAGAAGUUUACAGCUAAAGCGACAGGCUAAGGCUAGCCACUGUUAACACCGGGCUGACACAGCCCUGCACAACAAAGACAGAAAACAUGGUGUCCUGGAUGAUUUCGAGAAGCGUUGUGCUUUUCUUUGGGACUCUGUAUCCUGCGUACUACUCUUACAAAGCUGUCAAGACAAAAAAUGUCAAGGAAUAUGUGCGAUGGAUGAUGUACUGGAUUGUGUUUGCCCUCUACACUGUGGUCGAGGCCAUCACUGACCUAACACUUGCAUGGUUUCCUCUGUACUACGAGCUGAAGAUAGCCUUUGUGAUCUGGCUGCUGUCCCCUUACACCAGAGGAGCCAGUCUCAUCUACAGGAAGUGUCUGCACCCCCUCCUGUCCUCCAGAGAGAGGGAAAUCGAUGAGUAUAUCGUGCAGGCCAAAGAGAGGAGUUAUGAGACCAUGGUCAACUUUGGAAAGCAAGGCCUGAGCAUCGCAGCCACCGCCGCCGUGUCUGCAGCCGUCAAGGGUCAGGGUGCCAUCACAGAGAAGCUGCGCAGCCUGAGCAUGCACGACCUGACCCAGAUCAGCCAGCAGGACGACAGAGGAGACCAGCUCUACCAGUACAGCUCCCACUCCUCCAACCCCGCCAUCAGGAGGUCCCAGAGCACUGACGCUGCCGAUGGACCAGACUACUACUAUGCCGAGGAGGAGAGGAGUGAUGACGAGGCGGAGCCCACCUUCUCUGAGGACGAGGCGGUCACUCAGAAAGGACUGAGGCGGUCUCAGAGCGUUAAGAUGACCCGCUCCAGGGUCCGCAGAGACGCUCGCUAUGGAUCCCUGAAGAUUAAAGGCAAGAAGAGACCAGCACUGAGCUCCGUUAACUAUGGAUUAUGAGAAGAAUACUACGUACACACACACACACACACACACACACAGGGUCUGUUCUGACAGUCACUCUGCUGAACUUGUUUGUAUCUUUAUUGAGGAGCGUUCUUCUGACAUAUUUCCAUAUAUCCAGAACCAGUGUCUCUGAGAGAGCCUCCUUGUUUGGGUGGAUGGCGUACAUUUAUGCAUCUUAUUUGAGUUUUUAGUUGUGAUUUUAUAUACAUUUGAGCUUUUAGGAUUUUUACAUUUCAUUGUAUCAAAGUGUUGUGCUGCCACUUCUUAAGGCAUCCUUAAACUGUCAUUAAUGGCCAAGCUAAUAUUUAAAUAAUGAACUGAUCAUUUGUAUAAAAAUAACUUUGGAUAUCUUUUGUUCAAAUAUAAACAUGUACACUGCUGAUUAUUACACAGUCAGAAGCAUGAACUUUGAUUAAAACUGUAUUCAGUUACAGUGUGGCCACCUGGGGUUAGCGUAACAAGCCAUUCAUGCACAAUUGGAAAAAGGGGCAAAACACCAAAUACAAGAAAGACCAAAACAAUUACAAAGGGAAACAAAAUGACCACAAACAGCAAGACAAGUAGAAGGAGGGGAAAUGCCCACAAACCAAAAACAACAGUCUUAAACAAAUAAUAAAAUGUCCACAAAGAGACACUACACCACAGAGAUGCUGAAUGGCACAGGUGUGUGUGUGUGUGUGUGUGUGUGUGUGUGUGUGUGUGUGUGUGUGUGUGUGUGUGUGUGUGUGUGUGUGUGUGUGUGUGUGUGUGUGUGUGUGUGUGUGUGGCAAUCCAAAUAACACUUACACUAAUGGCUUAUAAGUGACCUAAUGAAAUGUGAUGUUACCCAUGAAGACAGACAGCGGUGUUUAUCUUUAACGCUUUUUAGAGAGUGCUACUGUUGCAGCAGCGAGCUUCUGCUGCCUUCAGGGUAUUCUCCAUGAGGAACCUGUUCCCAGCUGAAGCUCUGACCCUGGUGUUGGAGUCCGUUAACCCUCACUACUCCACUGCUCACACACAUUCCCCAUCACUGCAGAGCACCAGCAGCUGAGCAUGGACAUUUACACGGGGGGGGGGGGGGGUCGUUGAAUGAAUCAGAUGUGCAGUAUAAGUGGAUGGAGUGAGUGAAACACCAGCAGCUGGACACUACCCCUUAUUCCUCAACACCAGUCAGGAGAGAGAAAGGGAAGAGAAAACCAAACUGAGAUUCUUUAAGGUUUUAUAAGCAGGUUUAUUUCCUGCAUUGUCCACAUGUUUUUUUAUGACUGUGUGUCCUGAUCACUAUCCUGGUUGUACAUAUCUAGCUGUUUCCUUGUGUUUGAAGAGUGUGUGUGUUGUGUUUGGAUCAAAAGGAGUCUUUUAUUAUAGUAACCAGUGUUUUUGCACAUGUACCUCCUCUUAAACCUUUUGAUCAAUGCUGUUGUUGCUUGUCUUCUCAUUUUUGUAUGUACUUUGCUGUAGGCAACCCAAUGAGUUUAAUGCUAGCAGCCUCUCGUGACAUGUCAGAGUGUGGCUUGUUUUGGUCCUCUGGUACUGCAGUCAGUGAUAAAACGCUCGAGGGCUGUGGCUAAAGCGUAUUCCUAAGAACUAUACGAUUGAUAUGCGUUAAAGAAAUAAUGAAAGUGUGAACAUGCUGCCUAGCAACAUGGCUGUGUUACACAUGUUUGGAUAAAGGUCAGGGUUAUUGCACUCAGCUGUGAGCGUUCACGCCAUGCAGGCAUGGUGCGAAGGCCUUCCUCAGCAACACACAGCAUUGUCUUAAAGCCGUGUGUGUGUGUGUUCAACACUCAUCAAUAGUGCUUACAUCACUAACAAGCCAAACUGUCUCAUGUCAGGACGUCCAUGUAACGCUCAUAACUGAAUACUGAUACCAAAGCUUCUCUGAGCUGUGUGACGGAGUUUUUAAUCUGUGUGGGGAAAUGUAGUGUGUGGAUUGGAAAUUAAAUAUAAUAAAGGAAGUUGAAAUACACACAGGGCA